UAAAGAAACAAACCCUACACAUAAUGGAGCAAAGUACUUCUAGGUUUCUUCUUAUAGAAAGAAAAGAAAAAAAAUGGUUGAUAAUAAUAUCAACAUAUUAGGGUCUAAAUAUGAUAAAGAAAGCUCUAAUUACAAUUCAAUUAGUGAAGAUGGAUUGAUUUAUAAGGAGCAAGAUAGGUUGUUGCCAAUAGCAAAUGUUGGGAGAAUUAUGAAGCAAAUUCUUCCACCAAAUGCUAAGAUUUCAAAAGAAGCCAAAGAGACUAUGCAAGAAUGUGUUAGUGAGUUUAUUAGCUUUGUGACUGGUGAAGCAUCUGAUAAGUGUCACAAUGAGAAGAGAAAGACUUUGAAUGGUGAUGAUAUUUGUUGGGCUUUGGGAAGUUUAGGUUUUGAUGAUUAUGUUGAGCCAUUGAAGAGGUAUUUGCACAAGCAUAGAGAGCUAGAAGGUGAAAGAAUUAAUCAAAGUAAAGGUGUUGGUUUUGGAAAUAAUAUUGAAGAUAAUCAAAGGGAAAGAGAUGAUGAAUUAACACAAAGGGGAUCUACAAUUCCAUUCAAAAUCACCAUUAUGGAUCGUAAGGGGGAAAACAAUUUUCUCCCUACAAGACCUUAUUAGGCUUCUUCUUCUUCUUUUCUCUGUUUAACCGUUCAGUAUCUGGAAUUUACUAGUCUGAGUAAUUUGGAUUUGCUCCAUGUGAAGUUCAUUAAAGGGAAGCGCUAUUUAUCAAGAGUUUCUGUUCCAGACGAAUUGUCAUGAAAAAAACUUGGGUCGAGUUUUUCUUCUAUCUUUUAGGCUUCUUCUUCUUCUCUCUUUUAUCUUUGGGUUUAACUAUCUUGUGUGUGAAACACACUGACCCUAUUAAUCUGGAUUCUCGCUGCAUAGGGUUGGAGAAAUGUUUCCUCUAUUGGAAGGUUGUCUAUUCUUAAUAAGGCUCGAACAUGAGACCUUUGGUACUUCUUUUUAAGUUAUGACAUAUACACUAUGAAAUGUUAAUCUACUUUUGUCUUUUGAUGAGUAAAUUAACUUGCAUUUCUAGUUGGUCAUGA